UACGAUUCACCCACAUCGUUUAUGUUAUGUUAUCUUCAUGUACCACAUUACAUCCCUUAUAUAUACUUCCGAUAGUUUACAAAGGUAAUCACUAACAAAACCAUACUCAAGAACAAACAAAAAAGAGCUAAAAAAGUUUUCAUCUGAAGAAGAAUGACACUUGGAAACUACUCUAACCACAAAUCUCAUCAUAAUCCUCGUUACCAUCAUCACCGGGACUCCACCAAGGAGUUUCGAGUUUCCUUUGCCGCUGAAGAACCUAUCCAUGUCUUGGAGUGUGCAGAUACGAGGAGGACGAAGAGGGAGGCUACAAAAGAAGUGGAUGUUGACAAGGAAGCAGAUGAAUUCAUCAAGUUUGAGCAUAGGAAGUUCUGUAAGUGGACGACGACUAAUUAAGAGCGUCUAGAGCCGUCUAGACUCUAGUCCAUUGUGGAUGAAAAUUAAAAAAUAAAAACAAUAAGGAUAUAUACCAUAUUUUAUAAAGAUUGUAUUAAACGAUAUUUGAUAUGUUGUGCUCGUCUUCUUCCUUUUUCUGUAUUAAACCAUCUUCUGGUUUUUACUGUGGUCUUUGUAUGGAUAUUGUUUGUUUCCUUUACCUAAAAGGAUGCAUGGAAAUAAAAAUUUAUUAACUAUGA